AUGACGUUCUCAGUGCCGUACCCAAGUGAGCCUCUAACACCAGCAUUCGGGCCUCCGACGUCCAAAGCCAACUUUUGCGAGGAGGACUUCGUGGUCUCGGCAUGGAUCGCUGAGUUCGUCAAUACUCUGUCCAAUCUCACCUAUGUUCUGUACGCCAUCCGAGGGUUUCGGCGAAGCCAACAUGGCUCACAUGCUGCAAAAGCCAUGUACGCUGGUCUUGCACUUGUCGGAAUCUGCUCGGCUCUGUUCCAUGGCUUGCUGAAGUACUGGUCGCAAAUGUUUGACGAUACGUCCAUGAUCAUUGCUUCCGCCACGGUGCUGCAUCGAUCAAUGACCUAUGGUCAGUCGAAGGAAUUCAGCCAAAUCUUCACACCGACACUGGUUGCAUUGGUCGUCAUUGAGACGAUAUACCACACAGUGACCAACGAAAUCAAGGUACAUGAGCUGGCGUUUCUGAUCUUGAUUGCCCUAGUGGCCCUUCGAACGAGACAACUCGUCAAGCAGAGGGUCAGUAAGGAGCAAGACAGACGCAGGCUUCGAUGGGUCAUAGCUCUUGGUGCAGGAUGCAUGGUGUUCGGAUAUUUCCUCUGGCAAUUGGACUUUCGGUACUGCGCGGAGCUGACACAGCUCAAGAGAGCGGUGGGAAUGCCUUGGUCGUUCGUCUUGGAGUUUCAUGGGUGGUGGCAUGUUCUGACGGCCGUGGGCGCCUUCACGUUUAUGAGCUUGGUUGAGAGUCUGACUCAGGAGCGAGCAAUUGUAUCGGUCAAUCCGUUCAGCUUCGUGGCGAGAUGGUUCCACCAGGACGAGGAGAAGCAGAGAUAG